AUGGACAGGCUGGAGAAGAAAACGCUCAAAGUCACGCGGGGUUUCACCUAUACAUACUAUACCAGUCCUGCAAAGGACGGUCGCCCUACUUUGCUUUUGGUUCAUGGUUUCCCCGAUGCGCCUGAUACUUAUGAGGAAGCGAUCCAAGACUAUCUGGUACCCAAUGGGUACGGUGUCAUUGCCGUAGACUGCUUGGGCUAUAACGGCACCUCCAAGCCCACCGACAAGGAAUCCUACAAUAUGCAGUUGAUGUCCCAGGACCUUAAAGAAAUCAUUGACAAGGAGGGUCUUGACAAGGUCAUCCCCCUCGGCCAUGACUGGGGCUCCGGUGUCGUCCAACGCUUCUACAACUUCCACGCCGACCGAUGCGCGGGCCUGGUCCUCCUGAACGUCGCGUACCUCCCACCUACACCCGAACCGUUCAACCUCGAUGCCACCAUCGAACUCACCAAGGGCAUCUUCGGCUACGGCACGUACUGGUACUGGAAGCUCUUCACCGCCCCCGACGGCGCACAGAUCAUGGACUCGCACCUGGAAUCCAUGUGGGACGUCGCGCACGGCGAACCCGAGACGUGGCUCGACACGCUCUGCUCGCCCGACGGCGUUCGAAACUUCCUUCUGGCCAACAAGAGGCAGCCCACCCUGCCCUACGCCACCGAGGAGCGCAAGCAGAAAUGGAUCGCUUCCAUGCAGGAAGGAGGCUUCGAUGCCCCGCUUAACUAUUACCGAUCCAUGGUCUUUGGCGUGCAGGACAAGGCAAACGCCAACAUCCCGCCAGAAAACAUUCCCAUCAAGUGCCCGCUUUUGUUCUGGGGCGGCAAAAGGGAUAUGGUUUGCAGGCCCGAGUUGCUGCAAAUGAGUCUCGACGCCGGAUUGAUACCGGACGCCACGCAGGUCGUGGUCGACUCGGGACAUUGGGCUCACUUAGACAAGCCGAAAGAGUUUGGGGAGGCGCUGGUGGGCUGGUUGAAGGAGAAGUUCUGA